UUGGUGUCUAUGGGAGACACACCCAGUUAAGUUGACCGGAACUGAACAUUUGUUUUCAAUGGUAAACGGCCUGAGUGAUCUUAAUUUAUCCACCAUCUUUGGUGGGGAGACGUCAACAAGGAUCCUAGUACUUCUCAUGUAGAAAAUGGCAAAAUGGUCUAUCGCAGGAUAAAUUUCAGAGCAUCUUGGAACAAAUACCUGGAUUUCUAGUAUUGUAUGUAAGUAUGCUCACGUUUCUUUCCUAGUGAGUUAGCUAGCUAGUUACGUAAAGCUACAUGCUCAGUCAGUGACUAUCUAACUUAGCUAAUGUUAGUUAGCUUCGUAAUAGCUGGCCUGUCACCUCCUUGCCUAUUUUAUUUAUUGCCAAUUUGGGUGUACAUUUUGUGCAAACAAGUAGCAAGCUUGUUAGUUCACAGACCUUGUUCUGUCAUUAAAGUAACAUCAAUACUUUUUUUGUCAGCUUUGGGGAUUAGCAUUAGUUAGCUAACGUUAGCUAGUUAUGUUUGAUAGCUAACGUUAGCUAGCUAGUUUGGUUAGCUAGCCAACUAACUAGGGAUCCGGCAGGGUGGCUUACAGUGGUGGUGCUUAGGUUAAUCUUCAUCAACACUAGUUGUUAGUUUUGCAGUAAUUAGUAGUUAUGUAUUGUUUCAGAUUCGUUGAACGUUUUCUUUGCUGACAUCAGUCCUUCACACUCCUUCCAAGGGCAAAAUGAUUCCAAGCUUGUCAUGCUGACAUCACAUAUCAUAUUAACAUAAAAUGAAGUUAAUUUAACAUUUCAGAUAUUACGUCUAUUUUAUGAUGACUGACAUGCAUGAAUGUCAGACAUACUCAGAGUUGUUGAGAUGUUGUCCCCAAAUCAAUAACAAUGCCUUGGUGCCCCUGGGAGCUGUUCAGAUGUGAAGGAGAAUGUGAGCAAUACUGUCUGUCAGCAUGUUGUGGUAUUUGUGUACCUGCACACCUACCACCGCCCAACAUGGGGUCUUGUGUAGCCAUACCAGAGAGGACGAGGCAACAGAAUAUACCACAAUAUUUGUCCAUACUGACUCAGAAAGACACAUACUAUUUCUUAGUAAGUAUGGCUCUGGCCUUGUGUAAAGACUUUUCUGGAAUAGCUCCAGACUAAUAUAGCUAAUCAUUCUAACCAUGUACUCUGCUUCCUCCUUUACAGUUUCACAUAGGAAAGUUGGGGUUCUAUGAGGAGGGAUGCCUGUCGAAAGUGGAAGCAGUGCAGCCUCCCGCCAGGCCAAGCAAAAGCGCAAGUCCCACAGCCUGUCCAUCCGUCGGACCAACAGCACCGAGCAGGAGCGCACAGGUUUACAGAGGGAGAUGUUGGAGGGACAGGUGAGGACUGGGCUGGGGAGAGCCUGAGAACAACACAGAGUAGUGGAGCUUUCAUUUGCUUUUGUCCAGCUGAAUGUUGUCACCAUAACUAGAUACAUUUUUUCCUAUCUGAACACAAGCCAGGAUAAUUGUCUGAUUGCAUAAAUGGUAUAGAAUGAGGCAAUCCACACAUUUCUGUGGUUGUUUGUUAGGUUCUUACCUUGGGUGCACUUAUGGCACUGUGGUUUGCACCAUUAGGCUCAAUAGUUAAGUAGACCUAAGCCAAUUACACUGUGAUCCAUCAGUUUAGAGGGCAUGAAAAUGUGUGGUGCUGUUCAACCAUUAGAAUCGAUGCAUGCUCUUCUCUCCCAGUCCAUUUGACUAAGUUCAACAUCACUUAGUUAAAUCAGUCAUGUGAGAUAAAGUAUAUGGAUGCAGUUAGAAUAACAUAAUAUAUUCAAUUCAUGGUGGGGGAGCAUUUUUAGUUAUGGAUUAGGCUACAUGAGAUGAAAUAAAUAUACUUCACCUAACAGAAAAUAUCAAUUAACAUUGAGUUGAUGUAAUCCAGGUAUUUAGUUAAUUUUGUUAUCGUUCAUUCAAUGAUCUUAGUUCCUGUACUUGCAUCUCUCUGUAUUAGCUAGGUUUUCUACAAUAAAAAAAUGAACAAACCGAUUAAGAUCAAUUCUGUCUUGCCACAAGGUUGAACAGUUUACUGAGAAAGGGAUCACUGUCAAUGCCACUUGCCUUUUUCAGGAUUCCUUUUUCAUUGUAGAGUAUGUUUUCAGGUCUUCUCUGCUAUUAUGGUGGUAGCAUGUAGCGUUACUUCAGAGCAACAAUACACAUUUUCUCUUACAUUAUUCGGGACAUGGGGCAAAGCACUUAAUCCAACUUUUUUGUUUUUACUCUGGCUACUUUGAGUAGUCUAAGUCUGCUGAUAAUCUGCAUCACUAUUUGAAACCUGAGGUAAGUUGGGUGUUUAGAAACACUGUGUCAGAAUGUAGAGUACCUUCUCAAUAGCAUACUAUAUAGUUUAGGUGUAAUGUUGUAGUGUUCUCUCUCCCUAGGUUCAUUCACACACUGUGCAUUUCCUUUCCCCUUGCCAAAUGGCCCAGCUCUAUUAAAUCCACUGGUAGCUUGAUUCAACAUGCUCUGUGCUCCUAUCCAGAAAAUCUGUUUCAGUAUUGCAAAUCUCUCUGUGCUAUACAUGUUCCAUCAAAUUCCCCCCCCGAGCAAUAGCCUACUCUUUAAACUAGACUACCCCAUCCUGCUUUGCUGUUCAUUUGUGCAUUGUGGUGUACUGGUACUUGUCCUUUCUCCAGCUGCAUCAUGGCUUGUUACUGUUAGCCUAUGAAUGCAAAGAGCAUCUCUACUGAACUCCUUAGAAAAAAGCUGGACCUGCAAGCAAGGGUACAAAGGGCCUGUAUGUGUUAGUCCCUGGACAGACUGUGCUCUUGUGGCACUAGGCCAUUCAGCUCACAUCAGUGCUCUGGUAGAAUAAGCAUUUAUAUGUUAAAAGGAAUGACUUGGGUAGAUUUUUCCUUCUGGUUUGUAACAGAGAGUCGGGGACCAUUUUGUUGUGUUUCUGACAUCCUCCCUCAACACUUACUGUCCUUGUGUAGUGGUAACACAGUUGAUAUUUAGUUGUGUCUGUGUUAGUUUCCCUAUCUUCACCCUUGAAUGUUUGAUUGUAUUAUUAGCCUCGUUUCCUAUUGGGUUACAGUUCCCUUAGCACUAGUAAAUGAUUAGUUUUUCAGUGUCCUUGCAGGAAUAUAAUGGUAUAUAGUUUGCUAUUAUAGCAGUAGGACCAGGCUCACCCAUUUUGUGUUUGUGUUCUUGGUCUCAUUAUAAACCAAAGGGUGAAUUAUUCUGUUAUCUCUUCCCUAUGUUCCCCUAAAAUAUUAAUAAUAUCCCAAUGAUCAAUUUCUCCCCUAUUUAUGCAUCUGCAGGAUUCCAAACUACCAUUGUCUUUGAGGAGCAAUCUUUUGGACCUCUUUGGCCAGAUCGAGAGGGAGUUUGAAAACCUCUACAUUGAAAACAUUGAGUGUAAGUACAGCACACAGAUUGGUGGAUAACAUUUCUAUAGGUGUAUGUGCAUGGCUAUCAUUGGAGUGGAUGUCACUUAAUAUGAUUUCACCCUGUGUACAGCACUAACCAUAUGUGAAAAUGUUUUGAUGAUAUCUGCUUGAUAAUCCCAUUGCUGUCAGUAUCACUCAAUGUGAUUUCUAUUCAUUUGCAGUGCGUAGAGAGAUUGAAACCCUGAACGAUCGUUUGACAGCUGAAGGACAAACCAUCGACGGGGGAGACUUGACUAAGGGGGCACUUAAAGCAAAAGGUUUGAGAGUGCAGAAUUUCCUUUGACAUUUUAGAUAGUUUAGCAUAAUUUCUGUUCAACACAUGUUAAUACUGCUGUGAAAGGGCCUUAAUUCCAAAUAGAGUAAAUGACAUCGGGAUCCACAAUAUGUUGAUUAGAGACUUCACUGGCUUCUUAUUCGGUUCUCGUAAUGUGCUCUCUCCUCUUAACUCACAGCAAGUCAUAGCACAAGUCAACUUUCACAAAAACUGAAGACCACUUAUAAGGCAUCUACAAGCAAGGUAAAAUCUCUUAUCUUUAUCUCUGGCUUGCAUAAUAUGUUAUUUAAAAAAUAAUAUUGUUGAGUAACUUGAUAUUAUAAUAAUCAUUUCAGCGAAGGGUUGACAUUGUUCUAUUAAAAAACACAUUCUUAUUCCGAAAUUGUAUACAUUUUUUAGGAAAUGUAUCUAAAGGUAUAUUCAUUAAAAUACAGUUGGUUUGUACUAAAUGUUCAUUGAAAAAGAGCUAUGAAAGUGGUCAUAUGGUCAGUGGUACAUUUAUUUCUAUUUUUCACCUGUGCCAUAGCGCUCACAUUCUUUCCAUGGCAAAGUAGGUGGUGGACCUCUUCCCACCUUCAAUGUGGGGAACAUUGUGGAGUUGUGUGGUGGAGACUCAUGGGUAACAGGUUCUUCAUUUCCCCCGUGUCCCCCCGCCACUAUGCAUGAGCAGCCUAGCCAUGGGGCUGAUGCACCAUCUCCAAGACACUUGGUGAUUGAAAUGUAUGACUUGUUGUUUUAUAGACUAAUUUACAGUGAGACAUAUUAAAGACACUAAUUGAUAUCUCUCACUAACAAAAGCUUUCUAAGCAAUUCAUGAUACAAACUUUGUUUUUUGUUUGUUUCUGCACUCACUAGAAUGGAAGCACAUUGGAUUUCCAGGCUGUCAAGCACUUAGGCCUAAAGGCUGACAAGAUCUCUGUGAAAUGCCUUGAGCUUCAAUGUCUUAAAGACAAUGGUUUGAGUUGAAAGGGCAGUUGUGGGCUUUCCUUUGUUUCACAGAGUGAGUCAGUGCAAUGACAGAUGAUUUUUUGGUCUUUCUAUCAUUACAUUUACAUUUUAGUCAUUUAGUAGGAUAAAAACAACCCCACAUCACCGUUACUGCAAGUAGACUCUUCUUCGAAGUAGCUGCUGUCAUGGCAACAGUGUGGUGGUCUGUUGGGAUCAGCUUGGUUUUACGUCAUUGAACAUCAACCCUUUGGUUUUUACCUGCAGCCAGAGUCACACAACCUCAUUAUCAUAAAGAACUACCCUAUUAACACACAUUACUUACAAUAAGUUAGGAUAAUGCCUUGCUCUGUUCAAUGUAUGCUUCUUUUUAUACUUAAUGAUCUAUGUAAUUUUCAGAAAUGGCACUUAAAGACUUCAAGCAAACACUAAUCCUUUCUUGAAAUGCUGAUGUUCACUGAUGUAAAACAAGCAUCAAUUUGAUAGGCUAUACCCCAUAAACUGCUAGGGGCCCUAGAUAUUUCACCUGUUUCUACCAGCUUUGUGGUAUCUAACACACUUCCUGUUGCCUAAUGGUUAAAUGUAGCAUGUUACCCCAGUGUUCUAUUUAAACUGGUUCUGUAACCCUUAACAGCUCUUUAAGAGUAUAAAUGGCACUGCCAUCUCUCGUAUGGCCACCAUUCACUACUUCCUGUUGAUAGCUCUUCAUUUUUUAUAUACCACAGUCUAUGCACACCUUAAAAGUAAUGUGGGUCUUCGUCUUUCAUAGGAACACUGUAUUAAAUCAGACCUGGUAACAUUUAGAAAACCAUUCAAUUCUAUCUAUGUCAUUCCUGAAGUUUUUUCUGAAAUGAUUUGAUAGUAAUUCAUUUUGUAUUGCACCGUUGCAUGUAUCUCGCACCACAGCCUCAGGCUAUGUCCCAAAUGGUUCUGGUCAAAAUAAGUGCAUUAUAUAGGGAAUAGGGUGCCAUUUGAGGCACACCCUCAGCUGCUGUAUCUGCAGAUGUUUUAUAUGUGCUGCCCAGAGAGAUCCAGAGCUGCUGUUGUUAUGUUUGAUAGGCUGCUGCUGCAGGCCUGCUCUGUGCUUACAACCAACCAACCCCUGGCUCAGCAAUCACUGAAAAUAAACUGCAACUCAUCACAUCAAAGUUGUGGAUAGCAUUUUAGUCUUCCAUGGUGUUAUUAUGCUAUAACUAGGCCUAUCAACUAUACGUUUAUACAUAGUGUUGAUUUUUUUUCCACUUUAAUUUCCAUAUUUUUCUGAAGGAUGAUUUUAUGUUUUUUUGUAUUUGGUUGCAAUAUUCUGGUUUUCCCAAAAAUCUGGUAGUAGGAGUUUGGAAUUCCUGCUUAUUCCCUCCUGAUUCUGGGAAUCUUUCAACUGGGAUUGCUGGAAAACCUGGGAAUUUUGGGAAAGUUACCGGAAUUCUGCAACCCUAUUUUUGAAUGUUGUUGAAUUAUUUUGAGGAGAUAUCUGACCUGCUUAUUUGUCCCCUCUUGCUUUUACAGUGGGAACUUAUUUAGUGGUUUGUUUCAAACACCUGCCCCUCCCAGAAGUCCAACUUGUUUUAUCUCCAUUUUAGAUGUAAACAUGGAUACUGACUGAUGAUAAUCAUUUGACUAUUAUUAUUUAAAAUAUUUUAGUUUUAUUUAACCUUAUAUAGGUUAAUAUAUUCUUUAUCCCUUCUUCUUUCUUUCACAGCUUUGCAUUUAAAAUCAGUUUUGAUUAAUGACGCAUAAUAAUUGUUGUGUCCAUCAUGAUACUGAGGUGAAUAAAUAAAUAAUGAUGAUGGUUGUGACCCAAAUGGCACCCUUUUCCCUAUAUAGAGCACUAGUUUUUACCAUGGAAUAGGGUGCCAUAUGGGAUACAGCCUAAAACAACCCAAGCUUCUUAGCCAUUGCAGAGGUAUCAUGCUGACUGUCUGGAGCCCUAAUGACCCUUUGACCCCCACCCACCCAGUGCUGCUGUCCCUCCCUGCUUCCUCCCCUGCUUCCAUUAUGCUUCCUCCUCUUCAUUCAUUCACCUGUGUGUUAACACCAUCAUUGUGUCUCUGCUUCCUGCCCUUUAGAUCGUAUCCAGUUUUAAAGCCACCACAUCCAGAGCCGUGUGCCAGCUGGUCAAGGAGUAUGUAGGCCACAGGGAUGGCAUAUGGGACCUGAGUGUCACCAGGACACAGCCCAUGGUGCUGGGCACAGCGUCAGCAGGUAGAUAGCUACAGUACACCCCAAUGCCUUCCUGGUAGGGUUGCAAAAUUCCAGUAACUUUCCUCAAAUUUCCUGGUUUUCCAGAAAUCAGGAGGUAAUAAGUAGGAAAUCUAGAACACCCCCCCCCCCACCAGGAUUUCUGGAAAACCUGGACAUUUUGGUAGGUUACCGUAAUUUUGCAACAGUAGCUACAGUACAUCCUAACAGGCGUCAUGCCCAUAGGGGGCACAGGGGAACGUGCCCCCUCAGAUUUGGCCUGUUUUUAAAAACAUAUAUUUUUAAUUUAUUUAUUUCUCUGUAAUAUAAUACUAGCCACCUCGCAAUUUUAUGAGGUUGGCUUUAGCUAGCCCAGAUAGGUUCCCAAUCUCCCAACCUCAUAACUAGCUACCAAGAAGCCAUUUCAGGCUAUCAAUCAAGUUAGAGUAGCUUGUUGAACUCUCUUAGCUAGCAUGCCUGCUGGCAAGGUUUCUAGACUUUAGAAAAGCAAGCAAUAACUAAAUGUACUGAGUAAGACUCGCAUUCCUUUCAAUCUUUUACCCAGAUUUUAGCAGAGAUGCAGAGAAACAUAUUUAGUUUCUUUUAAAAAAGAACCAACAGUUAGGAGGAUACAGACAGCUGAAGAGGUACGCUUAGAUAUGCAGAAAAAUAUACAUAUUUUUAAUAUAGAAUUAAGCAUAAUGAUUAUGGCUCUAGAGUGCAGGAAAAAGCAGUUUCAGGUGUUUGAAAAAUACAAAAUUCUACAUCUUCUGGACCACCCUCCAGCCAUCCUUGUGUACUUUGUGACCCCUCAUAUUUUUGGGGUGCAUGACGCCCCUGCAUCCCAAUGUCUUGUCUACUGGCCUUAUUGUCCUCCUGGCCCAAGACUAACAAUCGUGUUAGUGAGUCACAUUUUAAACUGGGCGUCAGUAAUGUUCAGCCUGAUGGCUCUUUAAAAUGCACUGCAGACUUUGGUUUGAUAUUCAAUUAAUUUAACUGUCAACAGGUGCGUGUUAUUGUUGUGAUAAAGCAAUCAUAAGGUCUGGUAAUUAAUGAUUGCUUUCAGAUCGGAGUGCUUAUUGUGCUAAGAGGGGGCAAAUGUAAUUUGGCAAUGAUUACAGUAUGAAGGUAGCGUGAACUGAAAGACUCAUGAGUUACAUCCCAAAUGGCACGAUAUUCCUUAUUUAGUGCACUACUUUUGACCAGGGCCCAUAGUGCUCUGGUCAAAAGUAGUGCACUUUGUAGGUGUAGGGAAUAGGCUGCCAUUUUGGACGUAAACAAUGAUUACAGUUAACUAUGAAGGUAGUGUGGCCUGAAUGAUUCAUGUGUGUACACCACGUGUCUCUCCAUACAGAUCACAGUGCCAUGCUAUGGAGCAUAGAGGCCGGAAAGUGCCUCCUGAAGUAUGUAGGUCAUGCAGGAUCAGGUAAAAUGUUUUUUUUCUUUCUGAUCAUUUGAUCCAUGAAAUGUGUAUUACAUUUUAGUCAUUUAGCAGACGCUCUUAUCCAGAGCGACUUACAGGAGCAAUUAGGGUUAAGUGCCUUGCUCAAGGCGGCUCUGGGAUUAGAACCAGCGACCUUUCGGUUACUGGCACAACGCUCUUAACCACUAAGCUACCUGCCGCCGUGUAUGAAGGAAUGUAUUAGUCUAAAUUAUUCAUAGAGUGCGUCCUAAAUGGCACCCUAUUCCCUAUAUAGUGCACUACUUUUACCAGAGCACUUUGGGGCCCUGGUUAAAAGUAGUGCAUUGUAUAGGGAAUAGGGUGCUUUUUGGGACAGGCCCAAAGUGUUAUUGUGGAGGCUAUUCAUCAAAAACUAUUAACAAAAACAUCCUAUGUUUGUCUCUUUCCAGUUAACUCUAUCAAGUUCCAUCCCACGGAACAGAUGGCUCUUACUGGUAAGGAUCUCUUGCUGAAUGUCCACAAUUGUCCGAAAAACACAUUUGAGUCCAAUGUAUGUUCAUAUGUCUAUUGGUUUGGGGUGUUUCGAGGUGUUUUUGAGGCCUCUAUCUCUGCUGUGUCCACAGCAUCUGGUGACCAGACAGCCCAUAUCUGGAGAUACAUGGUGCAGCUGCCAACCCCACAGCCUAUAGCCGACAUCAGUGUAAGCUUCUCAAAACCAUGUCUCUUAUAACCCACUGCAUCUACAGAUGUCUAGGUCUAUAUUCUGGUGAGUGUGUGUGCGUGUGUGUGUGAUGUCUGUCUCUGUUUUCACAGCAGACGCCCUGUGACGACGACAUAGACUUUUCAGAUAAGGACGAGGCUGACUGGGACGGUGACGGCCCUAACGAGUGUCCCUCCAUCCGUGUGGCUUCCACUACCCUCAGGAGCCACCAGGGGGUCGUCAUUGCUGCAGACUGGCUGGUGGGGGGCAAGCAGGUGGUCACAGCCUCUUGGGACCGGGCUGCCAACCUGUACGACGUGGAGACCUCCGAGCUCGUCCACUCACUGACUGGUACGGCCAUUUCCCCCGACUUUUCGUACAUUACAACAUCAAUGUAGAGGAAUACCACCACAUGAAGGCGAAACAAACAGAAAAAGCUAAACAGAAAAACCUUAAUGUGUUGUUUCUGUGUCUGUAUAAUGGUCAUUGCAUUGUUUAUCUGCCAUAAGGGCUGUUUUGGAUUAAGUUGCCAAUUAAUGUCCAUUAUGAGGCUAUGUAACUGUUCUAGGCUUUUAUGUCCUAUUCCAAGUGACUCUGCCUUACCUCUGAGCCAUGUGGCUGUGUGUCCAGGCCACGACCAGGAGCUGACCCACUGCUGCACCCACCCCACCCAGCGUCUGGUGGUCACCUCAUCCAGAGACACCACCUUCCGUCUGUGGGACUUCAGAGACCCCUCCAUCCACUCUGUCAAUGUGUUCCAGGGACACACUGAGUGAGUCUCACACACACACACACACACACACACACACCCUUUCCGUCUGUGUGACUUCAGUGACCCCCUCCAACCACUCUAUCCAGGGACACACAGUCAGUAGCACCCCUACAAAUUUCAUGCAGAAAGCAUCUCGACACCCGUAAUGUGGCAUUAAUUAUCCAUCAAUUAGCAUUAAUAAGCCAUGUGUCCAUUUAGAUUACAGGGGCUAGAUUUGGUCUGCCCACAGUAGCGGGUGAGGGCACAGCUAAUCAGCCAUUAGCAUCCAGAACAAAUGAUACUGUGAUACAUGAGUCAGUCAAGUGAAUGAAGGAGCUGGUGACCUUCAGGCCUCACAAUUUCCCACCCAGACGUCAUGUGUGGUGUAGUAAAUAUCUAGGUAUUUUUCUCAGACUGCAAAUUUACAGUAAUGCUAAUAAGGCCUUGGUCCCUAGAAUGCUACUUGUUAUGGUUCCUGGAAAGGACAACAGCAGUGUUUCAGUGGUUCAUAAAGCUAUUUUUAAACCCCAAAGAGCAAGCAAAGCUGGUGAAUGACUAACUCUUUUCCACCAUGUCAUAUGUCUCUAGCACGGUGACGUCAGCAGUGUUCACUGUGGGGGACAACGUGGUGUCUGGGAGUGACGACCGCACCGUCAAGGUCUGGGACCUCAAGAACAUGAGGUCACCCAUAGCUACCAUCCGCACAGACUCUGCUGUCAAUAGGUGAGUGAGAGUUUCUGAGUGAGAGUUUGUGAGAGAGUGAGUGAGUGAGAGCAGGAGCACAAUUUAUUACGGAAACCCCUUAUUAGGUAGAGAGUGUGUAUGGUUGUGAAAAAGAAAGAGGGGAAGGGAUUAAAGAUACAUUUAAAAGGGGUGAUUUAAAGCCUCAUGUUUUACUGUACUUUGAUAGUUUUACAGGAUAAGUGUGUCUUACUAAUAAAGUAUUGGUUUUAAGAGUGAUGUUUAAGAAUCAAUGUUGUUAGAAAAUGUAAUUCAUGGAUUUUUUUAAAAAUUCCUUAUAGGAUAAGUGUGUCAGUGAACCAAAGAAUCAUUGCUCUUCCUCAUGACAAUCGUCAAGUCCGGCUGUUUGACAUGUCAGGAGUGCGGCUGGCUCGACUCCCACGCAGCAACAGACAGGUAACCAGCACCAAGCAGCCUACAAAUCGUUCUUCCACAUCAGUAGUGGAAACAGUGUGGUUUACACUGGACUGUAAUCACAACCUAUUUCCAUAUUACCUCUCAUGACUAGGCUGCUCAACCAGUACCAGACAUGACUAGGCUGCUCAACCAGUGAACUAUGGACUGCCACUUCUGUCUUACCCUUAGCCCUGAUGGUUUUCCAAAGGAUAUGUCUUUUAGUUUUUAUUGUGUUUACUAUUUUCUUGUGCGUAGUGUAUUUAUAUGAAUUGUCAAAUAAUUCAGCAUCGGCUGCCAUUGAUACUUUCUAAUGUCGAAUUUUUGAAAUAAGCCAUUCUAUAUAUAGACUGAGUGUACAAAACAAUAGGAACACCUUCCUAAUAUUGAGUUGCACCCCCUUUUGCCUUGAGAACAGCCUCAGUUCGUCUGGGCAUGGACUCUACAAGGUGUCAAGUGUUCCACAGGGAUGCUGGCCCAUAUUGACUCCAAUGCUUCAAACAGUUGUGUCAAGUUGGCUGGAUGUCCUUUGGGUGAUGGACCAUUCUUGAUACACACGGGAAACUGUUGAGCGUGAAAAACCCAGCAGCGUUGUAGUUCUUGACACAAACAAACCGAUACGUCUGGCACCUACUACCAUACCUCGUUCAAAGGCAUGUUAUAAAUUAAACGUAUUGUUAUUAUUCCCAGGGCCACCGGCGCAUGGUAUGCUGCUCAGCCUGGUGUGAGGAUAACUCCUCCUGUAACCUGUUCAGCUGUGGCUUCGACCGGCAGGCCAUCGGGUGGAACAUCAACAUCCCAGCGCUGCUGCAGGAGAAGUGAGCCCAGCCAGGACAGGUUAGUUUUCCCUCGUUUACCGUCAUUUUCUGACUAUAAGCCGCGCCUUUUUUAUGGUAAUUAAACAUUAAAACACCUGCGGCUUAUAGUCCAGUGCGGCUUAUAUAUGUACACAUCAUUCAAUAUCAUUCAAUUUAGCUGCUGCGGCUUAUACUCCGGUGCGCCUUAUAGUGCGGAAAAUACGGUACUUUUAUCCUAUGUUUUCUUUUGGUUUCUUUUUUCAGGGCUGGUUUUCCGGACACAGAUUAAGCCUGGUCCUAGACUCAAUGGAGAAUCUCCAUAGAAAUUGCUUUAUGGUCCCGGACUAGGAUAAAUCUGUGUCUGGGAAACCAUGUGCUAUUCAUUAUAUAUUUUUGACAUUACUACUCUUUAUUUUCUCUAUAAAUAUCUGAAAGGGGAGGGGCUUUAGAAGCCUAUUUUAGUUAUUUUUUUACCCGUCACUGCACAUACUUUUGUUUUGUCUUUUAAUUUUCUGUAACUGUAAGUCACUGUGGAUAAAAGUGUCUGCGAAAUGAGUUAAAUGUCAUUGUAUUGUUUUGUCUUUUUCUUGUGUGCAAAUUAAAAAACAGGUCCAGAGUCAGCCCUGAGCCACCCGCCUGGCCCAUCUGCUAUUUGAGCCCAUCUUAAGAGCUGAUCCCUGUUCAGAUCAGUCAGACACCCCGACCCUCAGGCAGGGAGGGGAGAAGAUCGAUCAAGGACCCCCCCGGCCGCUCUCUCUCUGUGUCAAGUCUUCAUGUUCUUCUGACACUCCAAAUGUGGUCACAGUCUGAUCUGCAUGGUCUGAAUAUACAUACCAUACUACAUACAUGUGUGUGGGGGAUUUCAAACUUGCCCAUGUAUGUACAGAAAAUGUGAAGGACUACUCUCUGCUUUGUUGUUGGGCUUGUUUUGAUCAGUGUAUUCAUCAAUUUGCUGCUGAAGAUAAAGAGCACAGUGUCAAACAGGAGGUACGGGGGGGGGGGGGGGGGUUGUUAA